AAAGUAAUAACGAUUAAAAGCUCUAUAUCUGGGAUAGGGUGGAAACCCGAAUACCUCCCAAGACUCGAAAAAUUUGUGCGCACCAUAAACACGCUUGUGAUUCACACUUUUGCUCUAAUCAAAUUUAUAUUCAUCAGUGAAUUAAAAAGAUGUGAAGCGUUCAAUAUCGAAAAAUAUGCUGAAAAAGACUUCUAC